AUAGACAGUGAAAGGCGGGGAAGGAUGUCGUGACGCCAUUAUAAUGCGCCACGACUGAACAGAGCUGGUAAAAGGACCCCGGAAGGUUCACACGUGUCUUCUCUCUGAGAACUUUAAGGCUUCCGAAAGAAACUCUUGAGCAAACAUGAGGCGACCAAAUAUUCUUCUGACCGGUACUCCAGGUGUUGGGAAAACGACUUUAGGCAAAGAGCUUUCUGUAAGAAUGGGGUUGACUUACAUGAAUGUGGGUGAUUUGGCCAAAGAAGGAGAAUUAUAUGAAGGCUUUGAUGAAGAAUACGAAUGCCCGAUUCUGGAUGAAGACAGAGUACGUUUCCAAGUAAUUGACGAACUGGAAGACAAGAUGAGUGAUGGUGGUGUUAUAGUUGAUUAUCACAGCUGCGAAUUCUUUCCUGAGCGCUGGUUUAAUAUAGUAUUUGUGCUUCGUACUGACAACUCAGUCCUAUAUGACAGAUUAGAAAGCAGGGGAUACAGAGGGAAAAAACUUCAAGACAACAUUCAAUGUGAGAUUUUCCAGACUAUCUAUGAAGAGGCCAUGUCAUCUUAUAAGGAAGAAAUUGUACAUCAGUUAGCAAGCAAUACUCCAGAAGACAUGGAGCAGAAUUUAGAACAGAUUAUACAGUGGAUUGAACAGUGGAUGAAAGACAACAACUGAACUUGAAAGGAAAUAUUGAAAAAGAACUUUAAAAUAAAAUUGACUGGUUUUUGUAUGGUAAACUACAUUUGCCGAUUCAACUGUUGAGGAGACAGUAAUAAUUCUCUGAUAAAACAAUAAAAUCAAAGAUGCAUCUGAGGCUCAGAAAACUCUUGUUGGGACUCAUAUGAGUGCAGCACUUUAGAAAUCAGACAUUAGUUACAGAUUUAAGAAUCUGGUGUUCUGAUGUCUUAAAAUUUUUUAAAAAUAUAUAUAAAUGUAUAUUUGUCCAUCGGAUAUCUAUCUAAUGUCCUCUUUGAAGACUUAGAAAAGUUAGAGAGUAAGCUCCUAGAUGUGGUGACUGCCAAUAUUCAGUCCCGUGUGUGUGUGUGUGUGUGUGUGUGUGUGUUUUGCAUCUGGAUGCUGUCAGAACAAUUUUAAAGCAGUGGGACCAUGGAACUCCAACAGGAAUCAAGUGAUUAGUUGUUAAGAUACUUCAUAGAUUUAUUUUGUGUCUGUCUUUCUACAUAAUGAUUUGACCCUAGCCAAUGUUCUACUGCAAGCAAAAAAGCCAGAAGUAUAUUUUGUGCUUGGUGCAGGUGUUAUCUACAAAUUUUUAGUGAAUAUAGCUCUGCAUGCCUGAACUGUUAAUUGCACUUAGAGUAGCAAUUGGAUUAGUUUUGAAUUCUGAGAUUCAGAUAUUGACUGCUAUCAUUGCUUGUACAGAUUGAAUAUAAAAAUGCCCUCUUGCUUAACAGAUCCAAUUCCCUCCUUUGCAUCCUUAACUCUGUGGCUUUCCACUCUUCCAUUCACUGUCCUAGCUUGUAAUUAUGUUGUUGUAAUUCAUGAGCCUAAAUGUAUUUGCAGUGCUUUGGACAUAUUUGUCUUUUAAAGAGCUGAUACAUUAACUACCAAAACCACCUAAGCCUUGCAACUUCGCACAUACCGAAUGUCUGCAUAGAUAUCACUUGUACAUAGGAAAUUAUCUAUACUCCCAUCUGCAUAAUAAUGUGUGAUGAACAGGUAGCUAUGUUUCACACAAUGAAAAACUUGGUUUAAUAGCAGCAACUUCAGCCCGCCAGCUGCUGUUAGUCUACAGCAUACAUCAUCCCAAACCCCAGGGGCCAAUAGUCAAGGAUGAUGCAAGUUGUAGUUUAGAAACAGCUGGAGGGCCAAAGUUGUACAGCCUUGUCAUAGAGUGUGUGUGUGUGUGUGUGUGUGUGUGUGUGUGUAUCGCAGUGUUCAUGUAAACAUCUCUUACAACAUAGUGUUACCUUUGAAGGAAAUGCCAUGUAUGCAAUUGCCCUUAAACAGUAGUAGGAUACAGCAUAUGUUGUUCGUAGCAUUUUAAAUUAUUUCUAUAGGGUCAAGCAAAAUGGUUUACUAACUACUCAUAAGAAGUGGCAAAACACAUUCUUUAAAUUUUUAAUGAAAAUAAAUGGUUUAAGGAUA